CCAGCCACUCUGCCACGUCAUACAGGAGUGCUGUCAGAAAAAGGAGGAGGAAGAAAAUAUAUCCUGGUUCGAUCAAUGAUGUAAACUAGUGAUACACCCGAAAAAAGAGAUCGAUCAAGUAUUCAUUCCGAGAUUUAUUCAUCUGUACGUGUCCUUACAUUGAUGUCACCAGCCUGUGGGAUGCUGCUGGAUGAGACACCACUAUUCGAUCCAGCUCUGCUGCAGGAGCUGGACUGGAGUAGCAAGACAGUGUCCUUCUCUCCCCCCAUCUCCCCCUCCCAGCCUGGGGAAGGUCUGGUCCUCAGGCCCCUCUGCACAGCCGACUUCAACAGGGGAUUCUACAAGGUGUUAUCCCAACUCACAACUGCAGGGGAUGUUACGCCAGAGCAGUUUAUUAAGAAAUUUGAGCAGAUGAAAAAGACUGGGGACUACUAUGUCGUCGUGGUGGAGGACACAAACCUGGGACAGAUUGUUGCCACGGCCACAUUGAUCACAGAGCACAAAUUCAUUCAUUCCUGUGCAAAGAGAGGAAGGGUGGAGGAGGUGGUUGUCAGUGACGUGUGCCGGGGAAAACAGCUGGGGAAACUGUUAGUGUCGACCCUCACUCUCCUCAGCAAAAAACUAGAUUGCUAUAAAAUAACACUGGAAUGUGCACCCAACAACGUGGCCUUCUACAAGAAGUUUAGCUACUCUGCAUCAGACGAGACUUACAUGCAGUGUCGAUUCUUUGAUUGAGGUCAGGAAACGUAGUUCUCCCUCCCUGGGAUUUGACUUGAAUAAAUUGGUUCCAGGACAUUGUCAUAUUGGUUCAACAGCCUAGGACCCCACAAAGUUCAAGUCGUCUCCCCACCAUCAGUCACUGUCCCUCUGGUCACAAAGCUACCUCACCUGGGGGAGAUUUGGCAUUGUGUCCCUGGCUUCCCCAGCUUCUUAACAACGGAAUGUCAAUCCAGUCUGGAAUUCGGGGACUCUGCGCUUUAUAGGAAACACAUUGAAUAAUUUUUCAUUUUUUUGAUUCACAAAUUUAAGUGUUAAGAGGGUUUUAGUUAAUUUACAUCAAAUGUUAAAAUUGCAAUUUAACAUUUGCAGACUGGUCCACAUGUGAGAUAUGCAUAGGCAAGUGUGAAAAGUCCCACUGACACACGUACAAAGACCAUUUGGUAACACUUUAGUUGGAAUGAUACCUUAAUGUAGGCCAGACAACCUGGGACAUUCAUUAUGCUAAGGUGCUGCAUAUUUAUUUUGGGAAAUUUGACAAUCACCCACUCAGAUUGUAUUUUCUGUUCAUUGGCAAAGACUUUGAUCUUUGUGCCCAUUAGACAAAUAACUGUGCUUGCAACCUAUUGGCCUACGUGUAAUACAGAAUUGCGGUCAAGUUUGAAGAGAGCCCUUUCAAUAUUUUAUAUAUAUAAAAUGAUGCUUUCACUAGUGAUCAACGGUACAUCGGUUAUUUCAGACCUCAGGAAGUUUGUUCUACACAAGUAAAAUCAUGUAUAGGUUUGAGGGAAUUCUGUUCAAUAAAAUACAUAGCUAUGUUUGGUAUGAAGAUAUGGUUAAAGAAUUGCCAUAAAUGUUUGUGGGGUAAAUUAAAUGUAAUUGUGAAAGCUUAUUUAUUCAACCUUAGAUUUUUUCAUAAUUAUGCAUUUAGCCUUGGCAACUGGGGACAUUUGUAUUCUAUUUAUUUAGAAUAAAUUCUAUGUAAAAUGCAAAUAAAUUCUUUUUACACUG